AUGAGAAAUUUGCAGCUUCUUGCUGCAUUUUUCCUAUUUUUCGGAUCCAUUGAUUCUCUAAGUUCACUUCGAAAAGUUUACCCGGAAUCGAUUCGACGAAUCCAGAAAGCUAUCGUAACAUCUGAUCGUGAUGCUCUGCAAGAUCUUUUCACCUCAGACUUCAAAUUGAUUCUGGGAUAUAAGAAUGUGAGUGCUGAUGGGAUGGUUGAUUGGCUUUUGGAUCGGAACAAUCACACAACCUUGCAUAGAUUGGUUCUUGUUGAUAAUCCAGAUUUUUAUACUGCAACCUUGUCCUUCCAACGAACCGCAAUCCAACUAAUUUUCUAUGUUCAUAAAGAGAAUGGAAAGAUCUACGAGGCAACAAUGCAAACCUUCCGAGUUCCAACACCAACAUCUACAUCUUCAACUCCAAAAGAUCUGAGGGACUUUUAUGAGGAUCUUGUCAGCGCUGUCAAGGAGAAGAAGAUGGAUAGAGUUGAAGAAUUGUUGGGGUAUGGAUAUGCAACAAACAUCGGAGAUGAAGGUGAGGACAUCUAAAGACAAUCUACAUAGACAUCCUGAUUUUCAGAAGAUCUUCUCGAUUCUUUUAUCGCGCCGCAUCUCUUCAAUUCAAGCUAUUCCGUUGGCGGUGGAUUUUUUGAAAUUGAAUUGAUUUAUGAGAACUCUCAAAGUAUUAUAAUCUAUGGUUUGAAUCAUCGAUCAAUCCGUGUUACCUUUGUUGGUGUUUUCGAACCUACGUGGCCUUCCACUUCCACAGAAACAUCUACAACUUCAAGACCACCAAUAACACCGCCAGCAAUUCCAAUGGCUAAACCGGUUAAAGAUUUUCAUGAUGCCUUGAUUCGGGCGGUCUACAAAAAAGAUCGAAAAAAUGUUCACGAUCUCUUGAUCACCUAUAACGUCACUGAUUUAAAUGAAAAAGUUGAUGGAAUCAUCUCGCAUGACUUGGAAUAUUCGCGAAUUCGACCAUAUUUGGAGGAUAAUUUUAUAAUUCUUCUAGAAUAUGCGGAUCAAUUGGUGAUUCGAAUUGAUGGAGGAUAUUUUGAUGGUGGAAUUCGGAUUAGGAAUAUUUAUGUGUUGCAGAAUCCGGUGACGCCUUCUACUGAAACAACAACAAGACCCCCUGAAUUACCAGUGAAGAAGUUCUAUGAGGAAUUGGUGGAAGCUGUGAGGGCAUCGGAUCGGAAGAGGAUUCGAGAAUUGCUUGGGAAGAACAUCACAACUAAUGUUGAAGGUGGUAGAGGUGGGUUAAGAUUUUUGGUUUGGGCUUGGGCCGAUUUGAGCCCAUGAUUUCGGGCUGGGUUAGGAGUUCGGGUUGAGCCUGAACAUAUUUUCGGGCUCGUCUGAAAUCGAACUGACCCGGCCCAAGAACAUAUUCGGCCUAAAAUCCAGGCCGGUUUGAAGUUUCCUUCAGAGAAAUCCAGACUUUGAUCUACAAUUUUCAUGUGACACGUCAUAACUAACUCUACCUUGAAAAUUGUUUUUCCAAUUUUUUUACCCAUAGAAGAUUCUGAAAUCCAAUUUUUCCAGAAAAUCUAAUCAAUAAAUUCAUCGGCAAACUUCAGAACAACAUUUAUGGAACCGAAGGACUUCCUAACCAGAUUCCUAACUUCGUAAUCAUUUUGCAAUACCAAAAUAAAGUCGAAAUCCAAAUUCGUGGAAACCAUCUUCAUCCAAGGCGUCAUUUACAAAUUCGUGUUAUUUCACCUCAAGAUCCACCAACAGAUCCAAAAGAAUUCUAUCAAAAAUUGAUAAUUGCUAUCAACAACCAGGAUAGAGAAGGAGUUAGGCAAACUUUGGGAAAAAAUUAUGUGACAAAUGUGAAAACUGAGGAGAAGUUGUUGGAGGAAUUGACAAAACCACUGGAAAGUUCCACAUUUAAUCAUGCUGGGAAUUACGUGAUCUCAUUGAUUUAUACAAGUGGAAAAACGAUUACAAUUACUGGGAUAAAGAUCAGAGAGGGUUAUGAAAUUUCGAUUGUUGAAUCUGAAACAGUGAGAACGACACUGCCUUCUGAAUCGACGACGAUGGCAUCAACUACACCAGGAAUUCCUGAAGAUCGUAGAGAGUUCUAUGAAUUGCUGGUGAAAGCGAUCAGGGAGAAGGAUGAAGAAUUGGUGAAGCGAUUGAUUGGGGAUUGUUAUGAGUCGAAUAUUUAUAAAAGUAUGUGCUCACAGAGAUCUACUAGGGCAUUGCUCAGGUUAUAGGCUCCGAAGCAUUGCUCAGCUUAUAGGGAAAAUUCCAAGCAUUUCUCAUGUUAUAAGGAAAGUUUCGGAUUUUUCCAGCAUUGCUUAGGUUAUAGGAGAAAUUCUUAAAUAUUCGGGUAUUGCUCAGAUUAUAGGUUCCGAAGCGUUUCCCAGCUUAUAGGGGAAAAUUCCGAAUUUUAUGGGCAUUGCUCAGGUUAUAGGAAAACUUCGAGCAUCACUCAGCUUAUAGGGAAACAUUUUGAAAUUUUCUAGCAUUGCUCAGGUAAUAUGUAGGUUCCGAAGCGUUUCCCAGCUUAUAGGGGAAAAUUCCGAAUUUUAUGAGCAUUGCUCAGGUUAUAGGGAAAAUUCCGAACUUUUAAAGAAUCGCUCAGGUUAUAGAGAAAAUUCCAAACAUUUAGAGAAUUUCUCAGAUUAUAGACACAAUUCUGGCAUUUUUUAGCAUUGCUCAGGUUAUAGGAAAAAUUCCGAACUUUUAAAGAAUUGCUCAGAUUAUAGAGAAAAUUCUGAAAAUUCGAAGCAUUGCUCAGGUUAUAGGGAAAAAAUUCUGCAAUUUUUUAGCAUUGCUCAGGCUAAAUAAAAUUUCCAGAUUUUUCGAGCAUUGCUCAAGUUAAAUAACUUUUUUUGCAGAGCUCGUUUUCAAGUACCUCCUCGAAAAUCUAAACACAAGCUUCACACUUUACCAAUCAGAAUCCAUUUUUGAAAUUCGUCUCGAAUACACAAAUGGUCAGAGAAUCGUUAUUCUACUCUUCCAAAAUUCUCGAUCAUCAAAAAUCCGCGUUGAAGAAAUUCGAGUUUUUCUUAAACCGGCUAAUGGAAGUAUAUUAUAUCAUAACUUGAUCAAAGCAAUCGAGAAUAAAGAUCAGGAAUGGAUUAUUUUCUUGUUGGGAGAUUAUAGAGCGGAAGUUGGGCAAGGCGAGAUUUCGAAAAUUCUUCUAAGUUCUGGAGGACAUUUGAACGGAAGUGAUUAUAUUUAUGUGAAUGAAAAUGAAUUCAAAUUCUAUUUUGAUCUACCAAACGGGCAGAGAAUCAUUUUCUAUGGAAGUCAAGGAGACCGUGAAGUUCACAUAAGUAAAAUUGAAAUUGUUAUUCGACAAGAUGUUGAAGAUUUGGAAGAUUUAACGAAAAUAGAGCGAACAUUUGAAGAAGCUGUCAGAUCUAAUGAUACAAAUGCGUUGAAUGUUUUGAUUGACGAGGAUUUUAAGAUGAUUUAUGAUCAAGAAGAAUCGCAAUCGAAUAAGCAACGGAUUAUUAGAGCACUUUUGGAGAAGACGUUGAGAAUUGAGGUGAGUUGGUCGAGCGUAGCUUCCGCUUUAGUGGCCACGUAAAUUGCUAUUAACACGUUAUAACAAUCCGCGUGGCCGCUAAAGCGGUAGAUAGUGCCGCUGACGCAGAAGAUUGCGGUCUACACUCGCGCAAAGCGCUCGAGCGUAGCGAGUGUAGACCGCAAGCUUCCGCUUUAGCGGCCACGUAGAUGGCCAUUAAAACGUCAUAGCAAUCCGGCCGCUAAAGCGGAAGAUAGUGCCGCUGACGCGGAAGCUUGCAGUCUACACUCGCGCAAAGCGCUCGAGCGUAGCGAGUGUAGACCGCAAGCUUCCGCUUUAGCGGCCACGUAGAUGGCCAUUAAAACGUCAUAGCAAUCCGGCCGCUAAAGCGGAAGAUAGUGCCGCUGACGCGGAAGCUUGCGGUUUACACUCGCGCAAAGCGCUCGAGAAUAUACACCCAGAUUUUUUCCAGGACAUCAAAUUCAACAAAAAACUCACCCGUGAUGCUCCAUACUAUGUAACAGUUCACGGUGUUUUGACGAAAAAAUGGGCAAUCUGGAAACUUCGAGGCAUCAUUCAACAAAGGAAAAUCAGCACAUGA